AUCCACAAUUCCCAAACGUCUUUGCCCGUGUGUGAAUGUGAUGUGUAGAAGCAGGAAAAAGUGUCGUGUCUCGAGCGAGAGGAAAAUCAAGUUUUCAACUAGAAAUGAAUGAAAUUACUGGAUUUCGGGGGUAAUUUGCGUUCAAUUAAGUCCGCAGCUCGAUUAGAAAUCGUUCGGCAGCGAUUUGGACCAGUUUUCGUGAGUUUUCGAUGUGUUUUGCGUGCUGAAAACCGUGGACGAUUGAUCGAUUUGGCAGAUUUUUCUCAAUAGUCGUCGUCGCGUUCUGCCUCUUCGGUUGGUUUUUUUCCUCGUCUUGACUACCGUGUAUCCAAGUGCGGAUCAGAAACAGUGCGUUACGGCGGAAACAGAGACGUGUGCUCCCCCCGAGUAGCGUAAUUUGCUGGUAGAAAGGUCCUCGGCGAGUCUGCGAGGUGCUGUGCAAAGGAAUUCCGAGAUUCCUGUGUGGAAAUCGGGCCCCGUGCGUGAAAACAUGCAAACGUCGCCACCGUCAUAGGCGCUCGGACGUUGGUCCGCUCCUCGAUCGCUUUUCCUCAAUGGACACUGGAAACAGUGGAGUGUUGUUGUUGCUCCGUGGCCGGUGGAGUCGCCUCUGCGCCCGUAAUUAUUAGUUGUAAUUGACUUGGAAGCUCGAGGUGCACCGCUACCGCUGCCGCCGUGCUCGCAGAGAAGUCGAAGUCGUUCCCAUUGAAAACGCCAAGGUGUGAAACAAUUUCGGGUUUUAUUGGUGUUGCGGUGGUGCAGCAGUUGGACCAGGCCAGGUCGAGCGCCGCCUCGCCCCUUGCGUCGGCCGUUGCGUCGCAGAUCUCCCCGUGGAAUUUGUGGAGCAGAUUCACAGGCAAAAAAUAAAAUAUCGAAAAGAACAACAAAACCCCGCGGAGACCCAGACCCGACCGUCUGUUGAGCAGAAGUUUUUCUUUUCUGUGUGAUUUUGGGACGAACACCCAGACCUGAAUCUCUAAAUGAAUGAAAUUCUCCGCUCGGCGGAAUGAACUUUUUUGUGUGUGCAUCUCCGGAGUUUGUGAGCUGCAGCGCCAGUUGUUGACCGAGUGCAAGUUGUAUUUUUCGUGCUAGAGCUCUAGGAGAGCGGCCCGAGGGAACUCAAUCGAGUCCAGCUUGAAAUUUGACACAUCACGUGAAGGGAGCUGCGCCUCCGACCCCGAAUCAAAGAUCCUAUCGGUGCCCGUGGCGUGCAGCAUAAGCGCAUCAGAAGCGCCGAAAUCUAAGAACAGGCCCCUAGACGCAAGUAGCCAUUGAAGCGUUUUAUUGCCGCUCGAGUGUGGAGGCACUCGAAAGCAGAUCAAGAUCAAGACCAGUUCGAGCAGAGAUUCCGUAAGCGUUCAUCAAGUCUCGUUCCCCAAAGGGAGGCACGAGCUCGGGUCGACUUUGUCUGCUAGCCAAGCUGAGAGUGCGUUGAAUUCUGCCUCAGGCACGUGUAAAUCGCAUCAAACUCUAGGCCUAAAUUUAGUCUCAAGCAGCGAAUGGUUCGGGAACUUUAGACAACAACGGAGCCCCUCAAGUGAAUUAAUCAACCGCAGUCAGGGCAUCCGUAGACAAUUAAUUCCGGGCCAAAAUCCUCUUACCCAGACCGAGGCCCCACACCGUAUCUCGUCUCACUAUUUAUUAAAAUGACGUCAGAAUGCCACAACAAAGUGUACAAACUAUAUAAGGAGCUGGCGAAGAAAAGCCCAAGUGAAUGUUGUCAUCCAAGCAGCCUCUAACGAGUCAGCUGCACGGAUCACAAAACGUCUAAUACGAUCCCCGAAAGGGAGGGAACAGACUGCGCUUCCAUCCCAAUCUAGAGCCGGCCUGGAGCCUCACUCGCGACAGGAGCUCAAUGUCGUCUUAAAUUGAUGAAAAAUUGAAAAACAUUGUGUAAUUUCCACGCAAUAAAGCUGGAAAAACUCCAACUGGAGAGCGAAACCCGUCUUGUGGCGGCCAAGCGAACUCGUCGCCGUAAACCACCCGCGCACGCAUUUUGUUAAUAAGCCCAGGUUUCGUGCGAGAGCCACUGCUUCAAUCUGGAAACGACCAAGGCAUAGGAGGCGGAUGGAUUACAGCAGCAGCGGAUGCUUGGCUGCUUAUGGAGCUUCUCGGCUCCGAGUGUGAUUUGUAUCUGGCAUCAUCGUUUGCUUCGUAGCAAGACCUUUGACUUUUUCAUGAAAGAUCUCUGAUAGAUUCUCAUUAAUGUGUCUUGAAAAGUAGUCGGAACUAUCCUUCCAUUGAAACUAGAGUGCCUUGUCCCUGAGCCCUGACCGUUUCCGUGCAUGCGUCCCAGUCCCUCGUUGCAGAACGGAAGUAAAAAUGACUAAACUUGCCGCGCAAUCGUCGUCACUUAAACACCUCGAAAGUCGUUAUCAUAAUCGUAAACUUUAUCAGGAAUCUGAGACGUCGUCACCGUGCCCGUUGCCGUUCUUAUCGUCAUCAGCGCCACUAUCAUCGCGGAUUUCACUAGUUAUAUCGAUCAGUCGCCGUGGCGGAACCGCAAGAAGUCUUGGUAAUCAUUGGAGAGACGACGACAUCAUUCCGCAAUCCACAGUCAAUUGCGUGUGGGCCGUCUAGUGCCGUUUCGCUUCGUUUUGAUAUUUAUUCAAUUUGAAUAUCGCGAAAUUAAAACAGAAAUUGAAAUCGUUGUAACAGGCGAGCCUCAGUGCGAAUAUUAGAACGAACUCGACGGUUAUACGUUGCCGUGACGAAAGCCAAUAGCUCGCGAACUAUACCUGACCUACUGGAAUCGCGAGUGAAGUAACCCCUAGUGAUAAGCAACUAAUAAUCGAGUGUCUCGAAAGUUACCCGCAAAACUCCGAUACGCAAAGUAAUUCUCCACUACCCCCAUCGGUACCCUCAGUAUUCUCGCCCUGCCUUCUCAUCACUCGAUACCCCAGCGUGCUGAUACCACAACGACGAUGAAUACAGAUUGCCGCUCCUAUUCUAAUUAUAAUCAACGAAAUGCCGAUAGAAUGUCGAAUAUGUCACAAACAACAAAUCAUGCACAAGACUGUGCUUCAACACACAAAUUCGAAUUUAACAAAUCGAGUACUAGGCAUAAAAGAUUGGACGAAUCGUCGGAACCAGAAACUUGGAAGCAGCGUCCGUUCUGCUGGAAACGUAUCCUGCCAGUGGCAGGCACACGUUGCGGUUGUUGUCGAUGCAACAAUGCGGAAACGGGAGCGAUGACGAAAACCAGCAAAACAAAACAACAGACGACAGAGUCGGAGUUCUAUAAGUUCCUUGGACGAUUUUCUGGCAGAAGACGAUAUCAUCAUCUACAACGAACAUUUCACACACUAUCUCUAACGAUUACCUCUAUCUUAAUUUUAAUUUCAUUAUGCAGCGUUACAGAGGCAUGUUCAAGUCGAACAACACCAAAACCAAGACCCCCUCCAACAACUACACCACGACCAAAUAUUACAUUCCACACGUAUAAAUGUCCGCCAGCCUAUGCUGCUUGGUAUUGUUUAAAUGAGGCAACUUGUUUUACUGUAAAAAUUGGUGAUGAGAUAUUAUAUAAUUGCGAAUGCGCCGACGGUUACAUGGGACCGAGGUGUGAAUACAAGGACCUCGACGGCUCGUAUUUACCUACUCGGCCGCGUGUUAUGUUAGAAACUGCAAGUAUAGCAAGCGGUGCCACACUGGCCCUAGUAAUGGUCCUGAUUCUCUGCCUAGUGAUAUAUGUGAAAUGUCAUCAACGGCGAAAGUUAGAACGUUUAGCAGAAGAUGUUGAGCUGGACGUUGACACCGUCGAUGGACCAGUGCACGUUGCACUCCGACCGUUUGGUCCACACCACACACACACAAUACCAAUUUCAGCAAUUGUAAAACGAUAGAAGAAUUUCAAAAACUUUAACGAGAUAAUUUAUGCAGUAGAUACUAUUACGACUACACUUGAAUACAAUAUUAUGACUCUUCGCUAUUAUUAUGGUAGUUAUUGUUUAGAUCCCUCUAAGUGUAAGUAUUAUUAAUUUUAUAAAAGAAAAGAUGAAAUGGAGUUUAUUAUGUAUUAACAUAGUCCGUACAUAUGUUCUACUCUCCUGUAUACAAAGAUUUAUUUCGGCUAUCAUGUCUCAUCGUUAUGACAUUAUUAUGAUUUAUGAUUUCUUUUAUAUUUGUUAAUAACAGAACGUAGUAGGCUUUAUUUUAUCUAAAAUACUGAACAAAGUCUAAGUAAGCAUAAUAUUUAUAAUAUUUAAAUCCAGUUACGAAAUAAUGCAAAAGUAUUAAACAAAUCAGUGCAGCUUUCUGAUAGUCCUGAAAAUAGUGAAAUUGGCACAUCCUCUAACCCACAUCACGUAUAGUCGCUAGUUUGUCGGAAACACGAGUCUGCAGCUACUUGUUUUUUUGUAUACUGUGUUGUUUUCUUUAGGGCUUUUACACAUUAGCUAUUUUAUGUAAGGAAGCGUUCUUAGUUAAGUAAAUUCUUUCUUUACCAGUAAUUUGAGGAGGCCGGUCUUCUUGAAAAAUGUCCAAAAUAAGUCUGAUCUCGAGAGCAUGAAUGAACCCAAAGAAAAAAUGUAGAUUCUCCUGUACUUUCAAUAAGCUAGCGACCGAUACACGUAUUUAUACAUUAACAUUUAAAUCACGCUCUCAUAAUAUUUGUAUCUAUUUAAUCCUAAGAUGAAGAAAUCAUGUAAUCUGGCUGCUUUCAAAUAACACAAAGACUUAAACUUAUGAUUAAAGUGACUAAAAACAAACCAAAAAACUAAGGAAAAAUGUAAAACAGAAUCAUUCAACAAAAAAAAAAUGACGCUAACCUAAGAAUAGUAUUUUCAUGUUUCUAAAUGAAAUAUAUGCAGAAAAUGACAAAAUCAAAA